AUGUGCUCCUCAGGCCUGUGCCCUCUCCAUGUGGCCGUCCUGUCUAACCGCCUGUCCUCUGUGCGGAGCCUGCUGAGGAGCGGAGCCGACGUGGAGCUCCAGGAGAGGACCAGCGGGCGCACCCCCCUGCACCUGGCCACCGAGGCAGACAACGUGUCCCUGGCCGGCUGCCUGCUGCUUGAGGGGAACGCUCAGGUGGACAGCUGCACGUUCGAUGGCUCCACCCCCCUCCACGUGGCAGCAGGACGAGGAUAUGCAAAACUCACUGCUCUGCUCAUGGCUGCAGGAGCAGACCCCCUCAGGGAGAACCUGGAGCCGCUGUACGUGUGUGAGGAGGAGGAGGAGGAGGAGGUCGACGAAGGCUACGUCCCAGGGACCACUCCUCUCAACAUGGCUGCCAACACACAGGUCCUGGAGAUCCUCAAUGGAAAAGAGUACGAACCGAAGCCACCUCCGAAGAUCACAGCUCAAGCAGGGGACCUGAGCAGCCUAGAGCCCUCUCUCAAACAGGAGGUGUGCCGGGCCCUGGACACUGAAGGAUCAUGGGAAUCGCUGUCCCACACUCUGGGGCUGGGCAUCUUAAACAAUGCCUUCAGACUUGGUCCGUCUCCAGCCAAAACCCUGUUGGACAGCUACGAGGUCUCUGGUGGGACAGUGAAGCAGCUGUGCUCCGCUCUAUCGUCUGUGGGGGACUGCACUGCCCUGAGUGUCCUGAAGAGGGCGCCUCAACUACAACCCGAUACACAUGUGCACUCAUCAGAGGACGUCCCGGCGCUGGUGCAGGAGCUCAAGCUGGACCUUCGCAUGGACAGCGGCCUGUGCGACAGCGGUGUGGAGCUGUCUGCCGCCUGA